AUGGAGAGGCUGGAACGACCUGAUCUCUGCUUUCCACAGCUACUUAACACCUCCUGCAUGAAGCCAACACAGCAUCGUGCUGACACCAUUUCCCUUUACAUCCUGCUGUCUUGUAUCACUGUACUUACUAUCACUCUAAACCUGCUGGUCAUCAUCUCUAUAUCCCACUUCUGGCAGCUCCACACCACCACCAACUUCCUCCUCCUCUCCCUGGCUGUCUCAGAUUUCCUUGUUGGCCUCCUGUUGAUGCCUGUUGAGAUCCUUCUUAUAGGGGGCUGCUGGUUUUGGGGGAGCUUCAUAUGUGGACUGUUUUAUUAUGCCUCUUUUCUCCUUACAUCUGCCUCAGUAGGAAACAUGGUGCUCAUAUCAGUUGACCGUUAUGUAGCUAUUUGUGACCCCUUGUGUUACCUUACCAAAGUCACUCAAAGAAGAGUUCGGAUUUGUAUUUCUCUGUGUUGGGCCUGUUCAGCUUUGUACAAUGGUCUGAUAUUGAUGGACUACCUUAAACAGCCAGAAAGAUAUAAUUCCUGCUAUGGAGAGUGCAUAGUUGUUGUUGACUCUACAACACGAGCUGUAGAUGUUAUGUUGACAUUUGUUGGCCCCAUAGUUGUCAUCGUUGUUCUGUAUAUGAGGGUUUUUGUGGUGGCUGUGUCUCAGGCUCGAGCCAUGCGGUCUCAUAUUGCAGCUGUCAAUCUGCAGCAUUCAGUAAGUGCACCCGCUAAGAAGUCUGAGAUGAAAGCAGCCAGGACUCUUGGUGUUGUCGUGGUUGUGUUUCUAAUAUGUUUCUGUCCAUAUUUUUAUCCAUCCAUUGCGGGCCAGGACAUGUCACCCUCUGUGGCAUUUCAAAUGUAUGGGGUCUGGCUACUUUAUUGUAACUCCUGUCUAAAUCCAGUGGUCUAUGCUUUUUUCUACCCCUGGUUUAGAAAAUCUAUCAAACUCAUUGUUUCAUUUCGGAUACUGCAGCAUGACUCCUGUAAUGCCAACAUACUGUAG